AUGGUGCACGAUAUAACCUCGACAACAGCAGCAGAUCCCGUCUCCGCUGAUACGAGUUAUCCACUAAAGGAAGAGAAAGUAGACAUUGCUGUGUCUUCUUGUGAAUCUCCUGAUAAAGAGGAUGUUGAAGCUACUGGAGAUGAAACGUUUUUGCCAUCAGAUCUAGGCACAGCAUGUGAAGAUAAAGCAGAAGCGAAUGUUCUGCCAGAUGUGUCACUGCCACCCGCAGUCGUACAGCUGGACCAAAUUGAUAAUGUCGUUGAAAGACAGCCUGAUUGCUCAGAAGCGGAUGUGCUCGCUUUUAUUGAGAACACGAUGUCUCGUGAGUAUGAUACGAAAGUAAUAGCGUUAGCGGAUAAAGUUCUUCUGAUUGCUAAGAUUCAGAAGAUGAUUUGGCUCUGUCGGUCUCUUGUAGUAGGAAUGCUAGCCAAGAACGCGCUUCUUGCCGAAGAUCUUAUAGAUUUCAACCGCUUGGAUCUUGAUCUUUGCAGUUCCGAAGUAUGUUGCCUCUACCAUUUCAGUAUCCCUUAG